AUGAGGACCGCUGACACUGUCGGCAGUAUCCCUGCUACCCACCCGCAAAUUCCUCAUCACAAGUCCACCGACUCGACAGCGACACUUGAACAAGUGUAUAUGCUCGGUCUGUAUGCUUUAGGUGCAACUAUGUUCAACAGCUUCUCUCAAAACACCGCUCCUCCUUCUUCACAUCCUCCAAAGAUGCACCUCUCAAUUCCCGCCUUCCCUGAGCCUGUGCCUUCCCCCGCACCUUCAGCAGGCCGUCUCCAGGUUGCGGGAGCCACUCAACCCAAAAAGAACCGCUUGCGACGAUCGAUCGAAGAACACUCGAUUCGCCCAAGCCAUCAAUACCCACAAACACAGCUCAAGCCACCCUCUAGCAGAGGCGGUCGAGAUGGAAGGAGCUUUGAAUUCCUAUCUUCUGCGAGAAACGCUCCUAUGCCUCCUCCACGUGCCAACUCAAUGGCGCUGAUGAACGAAUUUUCCUUCAACGCCAGCAAGCUCGGUAUUGUGGGAAGCACCCUCGAAGCCGACUUGCCACCUGCUUGCCCGCUCUCUACUCAAACAGAUCUUCCCCUUACCUCGACUCCUCACCACUUGACUGUGUUGCAGGAGGAGAAGAAAGGUGAAUAUUGGUCUCCAAAGAUGCCCUCAUUCUCGAUGGCUUCGAAUAGAGGCAGGGACAAGAGGGCUGGGUCGGUCCCUGAAACUGCCGGUGUCUCGAGCUCCUACAUCCCUGCUCAUCAUGGUCAGAUGCCAUUCGCAUCUCACCCGCAGCAAUACACUCUUUUCCUCGAGCCUCGACAUAUCCCCUCUCGCAAGGCAGGCGGUCGUUCGAGAAGCAUGAGUCUCGACGUUGCUCGUGUGGCAAGGAAGAGCUUUAACGCUAUGCGUCCAAAGCGUUCGUCUCCAGUCUCGCCACAGGCUCCCCCUUUGAUAAGGACUCAAUCGUCGACAGGUUACUCCGCCGCUGCUCCUCCUCAGCUUGAUGGCUUCAGCUUCUCUGAUCGAGGUCAGCAGUGGAUCACCAGCCCUACCUCGCCUGGGUUGAUGAUGAUGUGUCACUUGCCUCGCGAGAGUCAGAGCUCCUCCGAGUCAGACUAUGACUCCGAUGGCGAGUACGACUAUGGCUAUGACUAUGGUCAUGGUCUAGGUCGCCGACACAGCGACAGCGGUAGCAGUGGUCACGGUGAGGCUCCUCAUGCUCGUAUGCGUGGUGACAGUGGUGGAUCUUACGCCAGUACUGCUCCAUCUACUGUGGUCGAUGGCUGCCCUCUUGUUCCUGCUCCCGCUCUUUCGUCUGCGUCCUCGAUGCCGAGUGCCAAAGAUCACCAUGACCAAGAGGAGGAAGAAAGCAGCGAUGACCAAGAUGAUAUUGAAUGGGAGCAGUCUCAGGCUAUUCGAUGGCCUUGUCCCUCCCAAACUUCUUUCGAUUACGCCCACCAGGAUGCCAAGCCUGCUGUGCCAAUGAUGCAUAGCUACGCUCCCACUUUCGGUAGGCCUCCCCAGUUCCAGCCACAGCAGCGUGAUGCUCCACCCAAGAGAGUGUCGAUGUCCUCCCACUUCAGCCCAUCUAAGCUGUUGCAGCGUGGACCUCGUCGUGUGGCAUCCGCCUCCUCCCUGGGUGCGAGAAGCUCAGUCUCGAACGAAUCAAGCUUUGGCGAACGAGCUCGACGCUCCUUCUCUCAAGCUCGAUCCUUGCUCACCGUCCCUAGCUCACCACUCAAGCGCAACGGUCGAGCCUCUACCUCGGAUGGAGAACGACCUACGGCAGCCCUUCUGCACCCCAUUUCGACUUUUGGUCUGAUGAUCAGUCGUCCCUGCCAGACAACGCCCAACCAGAUGUCGGCUAUGUCGGGUAGCAUUCGAUCCGAAUCCUUCUCUGGCUCUACUACCACAAACACCAACGAGACCGGUUCGAUUCGCUACCCCUCAUUGUACCUCGCCACUUGUUCCGAGAACGAGACGGGUAGCAGUGGAGCUUCGAGUACCGGCCGCAGUGUAGACUCUGUCAUCUCCCCCGAGCUUGCCGCUUUGGAGGAGUUGAUCUUGACUGAGUGCAAGUUCUUGAACGAUCUGCAGCUGCUCAACCAUGUCUACGUUGUGGGAUUGCGCAAGCUGGAUCUCAUCACCCCUGCAUCCCUCGACAAGAUUGUUUCGAACCUGGAUGAGGUGAUGGCAUUCUCCAAAUUCCUCAUUGACUGCGUUCGAGCUUUCCUCCCGCGUAGACCCUCGCCAGCCACUUCGGUGACCUCGAACCCUUCUCAACCCGACUCGAGUUCUUGGCAGCAACAGCGUCGCCACUGCAAGCAAAAGUCAGUGGAGGAAGCCAAUGCACCUGACUACCUCAGUCUGGGUAACAAACUAGUCCGUGAACUCCCCGCUCGAAUGGAAGUCUUCGCUCGAUACUGUAUGAACUACGGCGAAGCAAAGGAGCGUCUCGAAUUCGAACGCGACCUUCGCCCCGCCGUAGCGACCUUCAUAGAGCUUGCCCGUUCGACCAACCCUGCACUUCAGGGAAUGGACAUGCAGCAGUUCCUCGUACUUCCUGUUCAACGAGUUACCCGCUACCCACUGCUGUUCGGCUGUCUGGCUAAGCAUUGUGACAAGCGCCAAGAAGGUAACGAGAUUAGGGAGGAAGAUGAGGACCAAGUGCUCGACCAAGAGGCAGGUGACGCUCUGCAGCAGAAACAGGAGCGGAACAAGGUGAUCCACAGCAACUGGCUCAGGUUGAGGGGUGCUAGUGCCAGUAUCUGCGAGAUUACCAACCUUGCCAUCUCUUACCAGCAGAGGCCUAGGCCAGAGUCAGCAAGACCGAGAGCGACAGCUGCUUGUAGGCCAAGCAUGUCGAGCCCUUCGUUGCCUUACUCUGGUUGGGGAAGACUAUCGAUGGCACCUGCAUUGGCAAUGAUGGAGGAGCGGGAGGAUAGCAGAGUCCUCGCUUCUGCUCCUACCCCUGCAUCUGCUCGUGCGGUUGUGCAGUCCAAGCCAGAGCCCAGGACACCAAGCUUUAGUCUCGCUUCGAUGACCAAGCGUCGUCAGACACCUGCUGCUAGCAGCGCUGGGGGUGACAAUUCGUCUGCUAGUGAGACAACUUUGUCGAACUCGUCAAGAACCUCUUCGUUGCUGGGCAAGUUGCUGAAGCCUUUCCGUCAUCCCACGGCCUGA